CCACCUUAUCCCCUCACCUUCUUUCCUUUUCGAUCAAACCCAACCCUAUUCCAUCUUCUUCCUCCUUCUUCCACGACGAGCCGCCGCCUCCAUUCCCUCCGACGAAAACAAAUCCCUUUGUGAUGCUUCAGUUCAAAGAGGAUUGCAAUACAGAGAAAAAAAUUGCUUCCAGAGUGAAGGCCAUGGCAAUUUGCGAUUCCACUCCUCUUGUGACUUGCUCUGUUUCUUCUUCCCUGCCGUCUGCCGAACCAACCAAUUCCAAUUUUGCUUGAUCCCGAUGUGAUAUGAUCUCUCUCCCAUCGCUUUUUCUUCCGUCCACUCAUAUCUCUGAUGUAAGCUAAUCGCUGUCCUUUGGCCUUUAUGUAAUUUGCUUCACUCCCAAUCAUCCCGCUCCUUGAGUUCUGGAAUUGAAAACCUUUCGCCCCCAUUGUUCAGGUAAUCCUUCCCUUGCGUUACGUACCAAACAUAAGUGAAUCGAGCUCUGUUCCCUUUUUCGCCUUCAUUUUUUCUUCGCCCCCGCAGUUUGUACUGCCAUUGUCACUUGCUUCUAUAUGGGUCGUGGACUCGUGGUCAAGUUUCGUCCUUCACUUCUUUUGCGAUUCCACUCCCUUGAAUGGAAGUUAGUUUGCUAUUUUGCUUUACUGCUCGUUUGUUCUCUUAUCUCUGGUCAUUUGUGUCAUCUACUCAAACCCCAUCAGUCCUAGUUUGUCGCUGGCCUGAAAAUUUCCACCGCCGUUGCCUUCGCGAGCCUCUCAUACCGCUGCCCGUUUCGACCGCCGAUUUGCCAGAGCUAUUGUCGCCCUGGGCAGCUCCGUCUGCCGCCCGUGGAACCUCCGUUCACCGCCAACCUCCGCCGCGCGCACUUCCUGAAAUCCCUCUCCAGCACAUACGGAGCUUAGUUCAUCCUUACAGAAUGAACCCUAUUUGCGAGUCUAGUAGUAACAACGACAGGAUUAGCAACCUUCCUGCUUACUUGGCCGAGCGAAUCCUCAUGCUGUUGCCCUUAAAAGAAGCAGCAAAAACGGCUACCUGGUCAAGGCAAUGGAGGUAUCGUUGGAGGAAUCUGCCUCAACUUGUAUUCGAUGCUGAUUUUGCCCGAACCCGUUGGGCCGAAACUGCAUCGAAUGUGAAUGCUCUGGUGAUGAAGAUUUACAAAGCCGUGCUUCUCCACAACAACGAGCCUUCAACCAAGUUUGUGCUUGCGGUUCCUGGAUUGAAGCCUGGCGACGAGAUCGAUCACUUGAUUCUUUACCUUGCCAACAAAGGCAUCCAGGACAUCACCCUUCGGAUUCUCGAUGAAUUUGAUAGAUUCGAUUAUGUGUAUGAGACCAGGAACUUCGCUUCCCUCUUUGCUGCUCUUGAACUCGAUACCCUGAAGCUGGAAAAUUGCGAAUUGUUAUCGCCUUCUGGGUUUGUAGGAUUUAGCAAGCUCACCUGUCUCGAAUUGGUAAACGUGAUAGUGGAAGAGGAUUUCUUUGUUGGUUUCCUUCGCAAGUGCCCGUUGCUUGAAGAAUUGAGGAUGAUAGAUUGUCUGGGUUUUAGAGAUAGCCCUGACAUUGAGGCCCCUCGUCUCAAAGUGCUUUGUUUACGCAUCAUCUUGUGGACCAUUCGCUUCAAGUAUACCCCGGUUCUUUCGCUGGUGUCCAUUCAAGAUUACCCUGACUACUUGUCCAAUAGAAUGUACAGGUUUCAGCAGGACAGUAUUAAUAUAGUCGAUGUAUUUGUUUCUUCCAUUCCUGCACUUCAACAGUUGAGAAUUGGCAUUGAGUUCCUGCUGUUACUUGCUGCAGGCAAUCAUGUCCCGAAGAGGCUUCCUACUCCUCUUCAACACUUGGAAGUCCUGGAAAUGGAUAAUCUGGUAUUGCAUAGUUUGCCCGAGGCACGUGUUCUCGUUUGCCUGAUCAUGAGUUCCCCCAACUUGAAAACACUCACCAUUCAGAUUGAUGAUGGAGAACGAAUUCCCCAGGAAAAUGUGAUUGACAGCCUGAAGAGUCUGUUGGAAGCAGAGGACCUUCAAGGAUCCGGGAGUUGUUUUCAGAGUCUGGAAGAGUUUACCUUACACGGAAUCCAUGGAUCACAAGUCGAGUUGGACUUAGUGAAUCUUGUGCUAGCUAGUGCCCCACUACUUCACGAGAUUGUUAUUACAACUUCGAAGACUAUGAAUUUCGAUGAAUCUCACAAGUUCAUGACGGGAGUCUCGUACUGUAAAUGGGGUUCCAAGAAGGCAAAGUUACUGUAUGCUUGGAAUGGCGAGUAUGAGAACAUAGAAGAUGGCUUCCCAAAGCUUUUACUUGGCCGCAGGCCUCACAGGAUGAAGGGUCUCAGCGAAUCAUGUAGUACUGACAGAAUCAGUAAUCUCCCUGCGGUCUUGGCAGAUCACAUUGUCGCGUUCUUGCCCCUAAAAGACGCAGCGAAAGCGGCUACGCUGUCAACGCAAUGGAGGUACUGCUCGAGAAAUGUUCCUCAACUUGUAUUCGAUGCUGAUUUUGCUCGACCCCGUUGGUCCGAAUCCGAAUCAAAUGUGCAUAACCUGAUGAACAAGAUAUACGAAGCCGUGCUUCUUCAUGAUAGCAAUCCCACAACCAAGUUUGUGCUUGCAAUCCCUGGAUUAAGACCAUGUGACGAGAUCGAUCACUUCAUUCUUUAUCUUGCCAACAACAAAGUGCUCCGGGAUUUCACGCUUCGAAUACUCGAUGAAUCAGGGCGGUAUGUUUAUGACCUCAGGAAUUUCCCUUCCUUGUUUGCUGCUAUUGAACUCAGUACCCUGAAAUUGCAGAGCUGUGAAUUUAGACCACCUCCUGGGUUUGUGGGCUUCAACAAGCUCACCCAUCUCGAACUGAAUAACAUAAUGUUGGACGAGGAUUUCUUCCUUGGUUUUGUUACCAAGUGCCCGCUGCUAGAAGAUUUGAGGAUAAUAGAUUGUUGUGGGCUAGGCUCUCCUCUUGGAAUCGAUGCUCCUCGUCUCAAAGUGCUGUGUUUUCGGAUCAUCUUGCGGAGCAUUUGGUUCAAGCAUACCCCGCUUCUUUCGCUGGUGUCCAUUCUAGACGAAAGAGAUUACUUGUCCAAUAAGUUGUACGAUGAUCAGCAAGACAGUGUUGAUAUAGUCGAUGUAUUUGCUUCCCUCCCUGCACUCCAAGAGCUGAAACUUGGCAUUGAAUUCCUGCAAUUACUUGCUGCAGGUGACCAUGUUCCCAAAAGGCUUCCUACUCCUCUUCAGCACUUGGAAGUCCUGGAAAUGGAUAAUAUAGUAUUGCAUAGCUUGCGCGAGGCUCGUGUUCUCCUUUGCCUGAUCAUGAGCUCUCCCAACUUGAAAACACUCACCAUCCAGAUUGAUGGUAUACAACGAGCUCCACCACUGGAAAAUGUGAUCGACAGCCUGGGUAGUUUGUUGGAAGCAGGGGAACUUACUGGAUCGACCGGUUGUUGCUUUCAGCGUCUUGAGGAGUUGAUCAUUGACGGAAGCCAUGGCUCACAGGUGGAGCUGGACCUGGUGAGGCUUGUGCUAGCCAAUGCCCCACUACUUCGCAGGAUUGUCAUUGAUGGGCUUCACCUUAUUUGAGCUGCAGGAAUCGUCCAGAGUUCUGGAAAGAGGUGACACAGUACUGUGAUUGUAUGAGAGUCGAAGCAGAGGUCGUAUUCUCUGGAAUCAUGAUCUUGAACGCUUUUCUGGAGGCUUUAAGCGACUAAACUUCCUUCAUGUUGUUUUCCUUGUU